CUGUGAUACAGUGGUUCAUCACUGCCAAGGCAUGAUGGUUUCUACCAUGUCAACAUGUUCUGCUGGUCAUGUGUUGGAAUGGAAGAGCCAGGCAACCCACAACAGCCUUCCUUGGGGAAACCUAACUACGGCUGCUGCCAUAUUUUUCAGUGGAUCAAAUGCUUCCAAGGUUAUUCGUCUCUUCGAGAUACUAAAGCUUCAAACGUUCAGCAAACGGACAUUUUUCCGGAUCCAGAAAUCUUACCUUGUCCCUUCUGUGGUGGAAGUUUGGAACUUUGAGAGAGAGCGAAAUGUUGUGGAGAGACUUGGCAAGCAGCUGAUCUUGGGAGGUGAUGCCCGAUGUGAUUCCCCAGGAUACAGUGCAAAGUAUGGGUCUUAUAGCCUCAUGGACCUAGACUCCCAGACAGUUCUGGACAUUCAGUUAAUACAGUGUAAUGAAGUAAAAGGCUCAACGCAUAUGGAGCUUGAGGGCCUGAAGCGUGGGCUACUAAAGUUGAAAGCAGAAAGACUGAAUAUCAAGUCACUCAUCACUGACAGACAUGUCAUGGUGAAAAAAUUUAUGAAAGGAGAAGAGGAGAUUAUUCACAACUUCGAUGUAUGGCAUUUUGCAAAAGGUGUAUCGAAAAAGUUAGAGGGUUUGGCAAAGAAAAAGGGGGCAGAGGCUAUUAAGCCUUGGAUAAAAAGUGUUUCAACACACCUAUACUGGGCGGCGUCCACCUCUGCCAAUGAUGGCGAGAUGAAGCUGGCAAAGUGGCAGUCGCUUACCCGCCAUAUCCGGAACAUCCACACACACCCUAGUAAGAGGUAUCCGGAGUGCAGACAUGGCCCUUUAGAGGAUAACCAAAGAAAUUGGAUGGAAGAAGGUACAUGUCAGAACUGACAUUCUUUAACUGCAUACAUUUUUAUGUUUUUCCAUUGGUAGUUUUGGUAUUGGU